AUGGUGGGCGUGCGCCUCGGGGGCCGCAAGUGGCUGCGCCGCGGCUUGAACAUUGUCGCGGUGACCACCGGGCUAGUCGGUGGGCUGUACCUGCUUGUGCAGUUUACGCUCGCCAAGUUUAAUGGGAUGCAGGAGCGCCUGCUGCGCGACCGCGUCGCGAGGGAAAACUUGCGUCGCCGCUUCUUGCAGAACCAGGAGGACUGCAACUUUACGAUCAUGGCACUGCUCCCGACGCUCUCGGCGCAAAUCUUUAGAAAGAUGGACGUCGACGCGACGCGCGAAGAGCUGAAGCGCGUAAUUGGCGCGCCGGCCAAGACGAAGGAGAGCGAGGGCGUGCACGGCACCGCGGCCGCCGAAGCGAUCCGCGCAGGCACAGCUGUCACGCAGGGCGUGCAGGCCGAAGAGGGCGCAAAGGCGGACGAGGGUGCAAAGGACGGCCAGCCGGCUCCUGCGCCUGCGCCCGCUCCUUCUACGGCCGACGCCGCGUCGGGCCUCGACCGCCUCUCCGAGGCGCCUCCGCCGGCGCUCUCAGAAGAGGCGCGCCUCCCAGAGACGCCGGCGCCGCCUCCCGCCGCGGCGCUGUCCGAAGACGAGCGCCGCCAGACCAAGCUGCGUCUCUGGAACGACAUCAAGCACUCCUCGUUUGCGCGCACCUUUACGACCCUGUACACGCUCGUCUUCCUCUCCUUGCAGACCUAUAUCCAGCUGAACCUGAUCGGCCGGCGUGCGUACCUCGCCGCGCUCGAGUCGCAGGCGAGCCGCGACCUGCAGCAGCGCGCCGUGCAGCAAGGCACCGCCGACGAGAAGCACCACAUUGCGCUGCACGAUGCGUCCGAGAUGGACGCGCUCCUCAGCGCCGACUUUGGCGCGGAAGACGGCGCAGACGCGCGCCUCGACCAAGAUACCGAGAAAAAGUAUCUUACCUCUUCCUACUGGUUCCUGCACCGGGGCUGGUCCGAGGUCGCGGAGCGUGUCCAGGCUGCGGUGCACGCCGAGAUCGGCGACAUGCCGCUGCGCACGAUCCUCACGUACCACCACUUCCAGGGCCUGACGGAGCGCAUCCGCCUGCGCCUCGAAGGCGCCUCGGACGAGCAGGAGCACACCGGGUCGUUCUCAGGGCCCCACGGCUUCCGCAACCUGCUCCUCCCCGACUCGACCGAGGAAGAGUGCGAGAUGCUCGUGCACGCCGGCGCCGUCGCGCCCGGCACGCCGGCCGACGAGGCGGUGACGCCGGCACUGCGCCUGCUGCUCGACGAGACCAAGGACCUGGUCGACUCGCCCGACUUUGCGCGCAUCUUUUCCGUGUCGUGCGACCACGUCUUUGGUCUGCUGAUGCACAACCUCGCCCCGUCGUUUGGCGUCCAGGCCUUCCCCGACGACCUGCUGCACUCGGCCGCCGACGCGCGGCUCCGUGCACGUGCGCUGGCCGCGGAGAAGCCGCUCGAGCUCGCGCGCAUCCUUCCGCUGAUUGCGCUCCAGGCGCAAGUCGCCUUCAACACCUCUCCAAACGAGUAUGUGGAAGCGAUCACCGACGCCAAGGAGCUGCGCGCGUUUAGCGUGCUGAUCUACAGCGCCUGGGAGAAUGAAUUAGCGCCCUAG